AUUCUAGAGAUGAGAGAUCUUCCUGCCGGGUGAGAUUCUGGGUAAGCAGGAUUUUUCUCGGGAAAAUGUCAUCGCUGGGAACAUCAAAGGGGAUUUUGGAGAUCGCCAAGUUCGGUGUGUAUGUGACCGUUCCCAUCUUUCUUAUGUACGCUUUCGCCAACAAUACCAAGAAUAUCCAGAAAUUCAUGGGCAAUCGUUCAUACAUAGUUUAUCCCGCAGAGGCACCAAGGCCUCCAUCACCAGAGGAGCUAAGGGAGAUGGCACGAGAAUUAGCUCGUGAGAGGAACAAUCGUUGAUAUUAGCGAAUUUUACAUCCUUUCAGUUGUGGUAAAUGUUCGUACCUCUAAACCAUAUAUUAUGUAAACUGAAGAUGUAUACUUUAUGGAUCUCCUUCCAAGGAGUAAAUAAUUUGUCUUGUUUGGAGAA